AUGGAGCUCAAAGAGGCUCUGCAGCAGUCGCGGCGCGAGCGGCAGAUAGCGCAGAAGUUGCUCCAGGACGCAGAAAAGAGGGAUCACUUGGCAGUUGCUGAAGCCGCCAGGGCAGAGGAAUUGGCCUUGAAAAUCAAGGAGACGCAGAGGCAGCUUGCAGAGACGAAUCGGCAGCUGGCAGAGGUUAAGCGCAAAACGAUCGAAGCGCAGCGGUGCGAGCCAGCAGAGGUCACGCGAAUGCGAGAAACCGUUGAGCAGAUGAAGCAAGAGAUCUGCACACUGGAAUCGGAGCGAAGCAGUUUGGCCAAUGAAGUGGAAGCGCUGGAGCUGACUCACCGAGAUCUCCGCCGGCUGCUGAAGAGCAAGUAG